AUGCGUCUCGCUGCUGCUGCUGUCGUGCUCGGUGCCGGUGUCAUCACCAGCGCCCAGCUAUCCAGUAUCCCACAAUGCUCUGUAAGGCCUGUCCGCUCAAUGCCCCAGCUCCAUAUCUCGUUUCAAACUAACCCGUGCUCUCUCCUCUUGAAGCUUAGCUGUCUCACGUCGGCCCUUGGUGCGGACGGCUGCUCUGAGCUGACGGAUUUCGCAUGCCAUUGCUCAAAGACGGGCCUUGUGGAUCAGGUUGUGCCCUGCGUCAAAAAAGCUUGUGAUGUCAAAGACCAACAAGCCGUUUCCAGUGUCGUCGUGUCUUUGUGCUCUGGUGUUGGCCACCCGGUCUCUGUCCCGCCGGUGGACACAUCGGCUCCCACGUCGACUGCUGCAGGAAGUGCUACGACCACAUCGACCACAUCGAGCAGCUUCAAUUCUAACACGGUCAGUGGUUUGGGCGGAGGCCCUCGGACUUCGUCUACGGCCUCCAAGACUUCGACUCUGGCUUCCACGACUGCGUCCACGGUCAACACUGCUUCGCCUUCGAGCACCUCCCUAUCCAACGGGGCCUCUGGUAUUGGAUCCGGAGCUGCUCAGGUGGCUGGUACUGCCAUCCUGCUAGCCAGCAUGAUGUUCCUGUUCUAG